UUUUUUACUGAUGUUUUAAAUUUCGGAAACCUUCGACAUUUAUCUCAAGCGGAAUUCCAUUUCUCAUCAUACUUAAGGCGGGGCAGAUAAAUCCAUAUCGCGAAGCGAGCGAACUUUUUCCCUACAUCUUCUACCAACCAGUCGCUCUAUUUCUACGAAAGAGACAGAGGGGAGUCAAAUUUAAGACAAAGAGGAAACAAUCAUGGCAUCGUCAACUCAAACACAAGAACAGCUUCAAGAACAAGCUACCUCGGCCUCUGCCCAACUUGACCUGGGUAUCUCGCUCGCCCUGAAUAACUGGCCUGCUCUGACCCUUGCCGUUCAAUCUUCUUGGGGUGGUCCUGCAUCAGCCGACAAGCGCGACUGGUUCUGUGGUGCGAUCUCAGACCUCCUUAACGACCGACCCGAGACCGACGCCGAGGACCUCGAAGAUGUUCUGAUCCAGGUGAUGAACGAUGAGUUCGACGUGGUGGUCGACGAUGGAAGUGCGGGUGACGUCGCAGUGCAGAUCAUGGAGAUGCGAGCUCAAACACAGCGUGGGGAGUUUGGUGAGAUUCGAGCCAUGUACGAGGCGUGGAAGGAGAAGAUGGAUAAGAAGGGAGCAAAUGCUGCUGGACUGUUCCGGAAAGUGGAUGCACGAGAUGAGGAUCAAGAGACGGAUGAGGAUGAGGAUGAGGAUGAUGAGGAGGAAGGGGAUGUUGAGAUGGAUGAAGCGCCGGCCCUGACGAGGGCUCCGAGGGAGAGAGUGGAGCCUGAGGUGGACGAAGAAGGGUUUACCAAGGUGGUCGGCAAGAAGAAGAGGUGAAGGAUACUAUUUCUUACGGUCAGGUUGUUUUAUCUGUGCAUAUAAAUCAUGGGUUUCGGGUCGGCUACUCAAAAAAUACAAUGGGGCGGCGAGCAAAAAGGAAAAAGACAUUCAUGAAUUGAUGACAUAUCGAGCGUCACAUCGACACCGCGCUCCUCUGAGAGGGAAAAGCUCUUUUUGUUUAUGAACAUCCUAUCUAUAAAAUCGUUCGUUCGUCGUUGAGAUUGACAGGGAGCAUUCCCUCAAUACUUUUCUGCCCAAGGGUUUACCGCGCUAGCCGUA